AGCCAGGUUUCCUCUGCAUAACUUUAGGUCACGCACUCAGUGAAGUUAAUGCCAAACUUUGCUGCCUACACGGUGACCUUGUUAUUAAUUCGAGGUGAAGUAAAGCAUUGUCAAACCUAGACUGAAACCUUGACGAUUUUCGUCGUUCUUGAGAUGUAGGUAAGUAUAAGGGUUUAUCUACGGGCUUGUCCUCCCGCUCUCCCGCGCACGUGUUGUCUUCUUUCCCUUAUCACUGUAAUCGAACUCCCUCUUUGCGCUGUCUCAUUCAUCAAGACAGCUCCAGCGCCUGUCAUCAUGGACCCCUAUUACUAUGGGACCAACAUGGAGCAUUUUGAAGUUGUCAAUUAUGAAUACUUUGGUUGCACCCACUCUUACUUCGACGGACAGCCACAAAUUCCGCGACACGACGCCGCCCAAACUACCGAGCGCCAUCAUCUGCUUAGGAACAACCGCCAUUAUGUUGAAAGAAAGGAGGCAGAAGAGUCGGCUAGCGACUGCAACAGCGCCCGGAAUGCUUUCGAGAAGCCGAGAGCCCCGACCUGGCUAUGGGAACCCCAUCCUCUUUCGCUAAAGCACUCGGAUGUCUAUUAUAGCGACGGGAAUAGAUGGAACUGGUACUACAAAGACGAGCAUCGCGAUGUGCAGUACACUCGGGACAUCGCAGCUACGCAGUUCGUCUACGACGAAUCUACUAUUGACAUUUCGAGCCCAUGGAUCGAUGCGUCCCAGGGAGAAGGCCUGUUCAGCCAACUGGAGCGACUACACAAGGAAGACACAUGCUCUGAAACUCCGCUAUCUAGAAUGAGCCCAUCUUCAGCACGUCAUUUAAAACCGCCAACGAAGAGCAAACGGGGUAAAUCUGCUUGGUUUUCAAAGGCUAAGAAUCUCUGGAAUAACGUCAUGGACCUUUACGCGCACUAUCUUACUUUGCACCAAUACAAGUAUGAAUCGAUGCCUCCCCCCGGCCCUAAUCCGCAGAGAGAGAACAAAUAUCGCGGUCGGAGAUACAAUUCAUACAAAGAUUCAUGAAAAAGAAAUUGGGGCACAAGUUCACGAUCAACAAUGGAAGAAUUUGUGAUGGGAAUCCAGUGAUUCCAUGCAACAUGAAGCAAGCCCAUGACGAAUUUGAUCGUAACAAUACCUUAUUAAUGUUUAAUUAUAUUAAUCUCUAUUCCUUCUCGACAUUAGAGCAUUUUUCAACAUUUCUUCGAUGUUGCAUUCCAGCCCUGUGGUGUCGUCGGGGUUUGACAGAGAAUGUGCUGGUUGUGGGAAUACAACAGAGGCCGAAUGAUCUCAAUCGUUGAUCAUUCCCUUAAUGAUUUUGAAAGGCGAAAAGAAUCGAGUGGGUCGGUCGUUUGGUAUAUGUCCUAUCGUUGCCUACGCUCAUUUCUGUUGCUUUGGUUUGCUAGUAACGAUAGUAAAGUGGCUAUUGGGAUAAUAUUCUCUGUUUCGGCAUGUAUUAAGUUAUCUCAAAAUGUAUUAGUAGCUGCAGUUGACAAUUGGGUCCGUAUACAACUCAUUAAUAUUACUAGUAAUGUAUAAUAUACAAUAGCCCUGUUUUAUUCUACAAGUACAAUGGGCG